AUGUGCUUUUCCAUAACUUUAUUUUUACAGCUAUACAACUUCUUCCCAACUCUCAUGGAGUAUUUACCUGGGCCUCACCAAAAAAUUAUAGAAAAUACUGAAAAAGUUGAUGAAUUUAUUUUAGAAAUCAUAGAGGAACACCGGAAAACCCUGGAUCCCACUUGUCCUCGGGAUUUUAUUGACGCUUUUCUUAACAAAAUGGAACAGGAGAAAGGGAAUGCUCACUCAGAAUUCACCGUUGAGACCCUGAGCAGAACCACGAUCGACCUGUUCUUUGCAGGAACAGGGACCACCAGCAUCACACUGAGACAUGGACUUCUGAUUCUCCAUAAAUAUCCAGAGAUAGUAGAGAAAGUUCAAAAGGAGAUUGACUGUGUGGUUGGCCGAGACCGAAGCCCCAGCAUGGCAGAUCGGAGCCGGAUGCCCUACACAGAAGCUGUGAUCCAUGAAAUCCAGAGAUUCAUUGACUUCAUUCCACUUAAUGUCCCACGUGCUGUGAUCAAAGACACCAAGUUCAGAGACUAUUUUCUCCCCAAGGUCUGUUCCACUGGGUCUGAGUAAGGUCAUAAUCUCUUGAAAACAAUG